AGAAGGUCAGCAUCUUGCCAGCUGAGGUGACUAAGACUGGACUCAGAGCUGUGGGAAAAGCAGGACACGGGAGGUUUUGUUAGCAGGGUUUAACUUUAUCUGACUGCUACUAAAAGUUCUAGUACAAAAAGGCUGGAAAAAAGGAGACAGAUUCACAGGAGGAACUGUGUGAAAUAAUCAGAAGCUCCUGUUGUUGCUGUAUUGAGGCAUCAUGACACAACAGGUCAGUGGCUUACUGUUCUUCAAACCCUUCUUUCAGAAGACACCCGUCAGAGCGGACAGCCCUCUGCAACAGAGGCGGCACACACUCCCAGCCAGCGAGUUCAGGAACCUCACACCACAGGAUGCCAUCAGUGUGUUUGAGAUUGAAAGAGAAGCAUUUAUAUCUGUGUCUGGAGAGUGUCCACUUACCCUGGAUGAAGUUCUUAACUUCCUGGGUCAGUGCCCUGAGCUGUCUCUGGGCUGGUUUGAAGAGGGACAGCUGGUAGCUUUCAUCAUUGGCUCUGGCUGGGACAAGGAGAGGCUUUCACAGGAGGCCAUGACUCAGCAUGUCCCAGACAGCUCCACUGUGCACAUCCAUGUGCUGUCUGUGCACCGCCACUGUCGCCAGCAGGGAAAGGGCUCCAUCAUCUUGUGGCGCUACUUGCAGUACGUGAGCUGCAUGCCAGGCCUCCGUCGAGCUCUGCUGAUCUGCGAGGAUUUCCUCGUGCCCUUCUACCUCAAGGCUGGCUUCAAGGAGAUAGGGCCAUCAGCCAUCACAGUAUCUAACAUGCACUUCCAAGAGAUGGAGUACACUCUAUGUGGACAGGCGUACGCGCGGCGGAACAGCGACUGCUAGUCCUUCAAUCCUUACCCUGCACUCUCCACUCCACUUAUUUCUAACAUGGACUCUUGUCAAGCACAAAAUACUGCAGCAGGAGAAAAGAGGACAUGAACAUAGCUGGCCUGGGUUCUGCAUCCUAAUGCGUCCCCUGAUCCACUGAACAUGGAGUUAAGUCUGUGUUAAGGCCUGAGGGGAACAACAGUGGAUUUAGGUGCUCAAGCAACAAAAUGAACCUGUUGCUUUUCUCAGUUAUCUAUUUAUCUAGUCUUCUGUCACUUGUACAAUAGAUUAAUAAUGUUUUUAAUUAUUUAUAGAAGGCAAUUACUGUAAACAACAUCUCAGUGUAAAUACAAUUCUAUUUUUAUAAACCAUACAAAUCCAAGCUGUAAUACAAUUCCAUAGCUUGUUGCGGUUUUGUUUGAAUUCUUAUGAGUUUAAAUAGUUUAAAGCAAUCUUCAUCAUGUGCUCAAGCAGGAGAGGCAGACAUUUUCAUUUUGUAGAUUUUUUUUUACUUUUCUUUUCAAAUACAUGUGAGUAGACAGGUAGCUAAAACACUACCGUGUUCAAAACAGUAAUCACUUCUUGAGAAGCAAUAAACGAAAAAAAAAGAGAGAUAACAUUCGAGUGCUCAGCAUAAUGUAACAAAAAUAUGGCAGUAGUUGGUACAUUUAUCAACAAGGCACCAAAGGUAUCAAUAUCUGAUUUUUGUCCCUGCUUUUGUAUGAGGUUGCCUGGAUAAUAAUAUUAAUAAAUCUUUUGCCUGGAGGGUGAAUGUACAAAAAAAGGGGAAAAAAAUCUUUAUUGUUCCAGCGCUGGCUUUUCUCAUUUCUGCAGAAGGACAGCUAGGUGUUUUGAUGAGGUUCACAAGUGCCUUAGCUUUGUUUCACUGGACAGUGAAGGAGUGAUGAUGAAAAUAAGUCCUUAUGAUGAGUGGUAUGGGUAUUCUUAUUGAGUAAAAUAACACAAGCAUAUUAUCAUAGUCCACAUAGAAGAGGGAGACAAUCCCCCAGCCAGUCCGUGUCUUUUGACCUGA